AGAGCUACCUAACAACUCCUUAUUCAAAUCCCAGGUUCCACGAGGAAAAUAUUUUUUAUCUCUGCUUGAAGUGAACGAACUAGACAUGAAAUCCAAACCCAAUUAAUCAAUAUUUUGCGAAUUGUUGGAAAUUGUUGAACUCAUCACACUAAAAGCUCUACGUUUACCACGUGACCAUUGAGCAAUUAGCAGAAGUUGACCUAGUUGACAAGGCCAAAAACAACUAUCAAACCCCCCGGACAGAUGGCUCUGCUGGUCCACCUCCUGGCCGCUGCCUUUGGCAUGGGCUCCUGGAUGGCGGUGAACGGCCUGUGGGUGGAGCUGCCUCUCAUCGUCAACACGCUCCCGGAGGGCUGGGACCUGCCGUCCUACCUGACCGUCCUAAUUCAGCUGGCCAACGUGGGCCCCCUGCUGGUCACGCUCAUGCACAAGCUGCGCCCGGGCUACCUCCGAGAGGCCGCCGUCAUCUACGCCAUCCUCGCCAUCGGAGUGCUGGCCUGCGUCCUGCUCGCCUUCUUCUGGCGCGUCACCACCGUGGUGGGCGGGGCGCCGCACAGCACCGCCUUCUUCAUCAUCACCUUCUUCCUGUCCCUGGUGGACUGCACGUCCUCCGUCACCUUUCUGCCCUUCAUGUCCGGGCUCCCCGCCAAGUACAUCACCACCUUCUUCAUCGGGGAGGGCCUGAGCGGCUUCGUCCCCGGGCUGGUGGCGCUGGCGCAGGGCGUUGGCAUGGCGUCGUGUGUCAACACCACCGGCAACGCCACUCAGAACCUGACCGGGGGAGGGGAGGAGUGGAAGCUGCAGACCCAGUACCUCCCGCCCAACUUCUCCCCGGAGGUUUUCUUCUCCUUCCUGGCGGCCAUGAUGUGCGUGAGUCUGGCCGCGUUCAUCGCUCUGAAAAGACUUCCCCGGGUUUCCUUUGAUCUGGCCGCCGACACCCUGGUCCCAGAGCUCAGCGCGUCGGCCCCCACCGGGCUGGACAACCCUGGCCUGGAGCCCGACGGAGGUUCCCCCCUCCAGCACCAAACCAAGGAGAAGAACCGGAACCAACCGGUGGUGGCCAAUUCCAACUUCUCUGUCUACGAGCUGGGUUUCAUCUACUUCCUGGUGGUGUGGGUGAACAUGGCCGCCAACGGCCUGCUGCCCUCCGUACAGACCUACUCCUGCAUGCCCUACGGCAACCUGGCCUACCACCUCUCGGCCGCCCUGUCCUCGGUGGCCAACCCAGUCGCCUGCGUCGUCGCCAUGUUCUUUCCAAAUAGGUCGCUGCUCUUCCUGGGCGUGCUGGGCGUGCUGGGAACGGCGUUUGGGAGCUACAACAUGGCCAUGGCGGCGCUCAGCCCCUGUCCACUACUACAGAGCUCUCCAGUUGGCCUGGCCAUCAUUGUGCUCUCAUGGGUCUUCUUCACUGGAGCAUUUUGCUACGUGAAGGUAAUGGUUGGCGUCAUCCUUAGAGACAAGAGUCACAGCGCCCUCGUGUGGUGUGGAGCUGCAUCUCAAUUGGGAUCACUGGUUGGCUCCGUCACUAUGUUUCCUCUGGUAAACACCUACAAGUUGUUCAAGUCAGGAGACUUCUGCAACACCAAGUGCCCACUAUAACGGGAACACCAUGAUGUUUACCUUUGAGGUGCAACGAUGCUCAUCAUGGAUGCCUGCUCAUGCCCGAAUAAAACACUAUUUGCAACACUUGAAUAAAAUGAAGACUGCAAUUUCCAGGAAAUUGACUGGCUAAUAUAAAUAUUUGUGUUUUCAAUGGGUACAACCCAGCCACGACUACUGGUUGUUGAAGAAAUCGUAAUGUCGAUGUGAUGGGAUAUUACAUGCGCUCGAUUCUUAUUUGGCCAUUGCGGGGGACUUCCACUAGAUGGCGCAUAUAUACCUUUGAUUCAAAGACUUGCCUCUACUUAGAAAGUAGACUGGUAUUAAUCAGGACAUUAAACCAUCUCUAACUCUGCUUUAA